AUGGGAACGCUGGACUCAAAAGAUAAAAAGUACGCUGCUGCGGUUGAAAAAGCAUUGGGGUUCUUUGACUCUGUUGAAGAAUGGGCAGAUCACAUUUCAUUUCUUUCAAAGCUUUUAAAAGCAUUACAGCAGAAACAUACAACACAACACUGGAUUCCUCACGAUUUGAAGAUCUCAAUCACAUUAUCAAAAUGUCUUUCUCCAAAUCUACCAAGUGGAGUACACCAGAAGACUAUUGAAGUUUACAAUUUCAUCUUUAAGGAACUAGGCGUAGAUGCUCUAGCUUCUAACGUCAACAUAUGGAUCCCAGGUAUUUUACCAAUAAUGCAAUUUGCUUCAAUUAGUAUAAAACCGGCCAUCAUUGACCUGUACAAAAAUUAUUUGCUGACCUUGCCAUCAAAUGUCUUGAAGAGUGUUGUGAAACCAAUACUGUCAUAUUUGUUGCCAUCUAUAGAUGAUGAAAGAAGUGAAUUCUUUGAUACUUCAAUUGCAUUGAUUGAUAGUUUGAGAACAGAGUUGAAAGAUGAUUCAUUAUUUUGGCAGUCAGUCUUCUUGAUAAUAAUAACAAGUGAAGAGAGAAGGUUAGGAUGUUUAAUUUGGUGUAACAAAAGGUUACCAGACCUUAAUGUUGUCAUUGAACCACCAGAAGAUACCAAAAAUGAUGUCCUGAAUUAUUACAAAAGUGAAUUGAAAAAGAGAUUGACAUCAGAGCAGCUAGCACUAAUCACACCAGAGCCGGGGUUAUUGAUAAGGUCUUUUAUUGCAACAUUGAAAUCUGAUAAUAUUUUAAUUCAAAGAGGGUUUCUAGACUUGAUGAUUAAGAAAGUACAGCUCAAUUCAACCGUUUUACAAAAACUUUCCCCUGAAAAAGAUUUGCAAAAUUUGAUUAUCAGUGCCAUUAGUGCUGUUUUGAAAAAAGAUAUGUCAAUCAACAGAAGAAUAUGGAAUUGGUUAUUGGGACCAGAAACAUCAAAUGCGGUACACGUCGAAUAUUUCCAAAAUAAUGGCGCUGUUCAUUUGAAAGAUGGAUUGUUGAAGUUGUUUGAUGGGAAAUAUGACCAACAGCCUUCCUAUCAACAAAAACUAGUGGGUUAUAAAAUCUGUUUGGCCAUUAUGGACAGAUGGGAAAUUGGCUCACAGGUUGUUCCUGACGUGUUGAUUCCAUUAUUGAAAUCUGUUCAACAAUCUUCCGGCUUGUCGCCUAAUGAAUUUAACGAAAUAUUGAAAAGCGCGUCUGCAUUGUUUGAUGCUGUUGAAACUUUGACCAUUUGGAGCAAUCUGUCAAAAAUGAUAAAGUCUGAAAAUAUUGAUUUCUUAAUAUUUGUAUUACAAAAUUUCAAUGUACAAGAUGAAGAAAUGAUAAUUCAUCAAUUCCCAUUGUUUUUUAUAACAAGUUUGAUUAAAAGUCAACAAACUGAAGGUUGGUUCAAGCUUUUAAAUCUUGCAAUAAAUACAAUACCUCAAAGAGCAUAUCUACCAAUUGAGCAUGCAUCACAUGAAAUAUCAGAGUUAUCAAAAGAUGAUAUUCUUAACAAAAUAGCAGAAUACUAUGAAAAUAAUGAUGUGCUAGCACUUCCUUUCAAACCUGCUGAUUUAAGUAAAAUAACAUUAGAUAUUGUUACUGAUUUGGUCAUCAAAAACAUUAGUGCUAAAGAGCAAACCUUUGAUUAUGUUUUACUAUUGAAUUGUGUCAUUGACUCCAUCCCAGAAUUGAAUUUCUACAACGCUGAAUUGGUUAAUAUUAUCAAAUCGUCAACAUUCAGAGAUAGUGUAUUGAUAAAUAUUGCUAAGCUUUUCCCUAAACUACAUUUUGAUUCACCAUUUACAAGAAUAGAUAUCUUGAGAAAUUUGAUUUUCCAAUUAUGUUCGUUGUUGAAAGAAGAUGGUAUAAAGUAUCAAGUGGAAGUUGUUAAAGCAUUACAUCAGUUAUCUCUUUCCACAUCUUCCAAUUAUGUUGAGGCUGCAUUAACUUCAUAUAUCCUUGAUUUGAAGAGCUUGAAUGAUAGGUUGAUAGUUUUCAACUAUCUAUGGAUACAUUCCACUGAAGCAACUCUUUUAGAUAGACCACUGCAUAUACUUUUGGAUGAUCUACAUGAUAUGAACCACUCAAAUUAUUCAAUUUUACAGAGAUGGAUUGUUGGUAACAUCAACUCUGGAUUGAUCAAUAGGUUGUUUCAGCUUAUCACAUUGAAGUUGAGUGAGACUGUUGAUGAUAAGUCAGUCUUUUCAUACCAUUGUUCCAUUGUCUUGAAUGUCUUGAAUACUGAUCUCAAAGGACUACUCCCAUUGUUCAAGGAGGAACUAAGUGUUAUUAAUUCAGUUGAGUACAAAAAUGAAGAUAUAUCCACCUACAAAGAGUUCACGUUAUAUGCCUUGGAGAAAUUCUUGAAUAAGGGACAGUUUAAUGCAAAAUCAAGUUGUGUUGUUUUCAAACUGAUUGAGUUGUUAUUGGAUGGUCGUGAAAAGAAUUUUGAACAUUUGGUCCAAAGAACAUUUGAACUAUCACAAAGCUUUAUUAUCAACAAGAUAGAUGAUGUACAAUAUGAGUCUGUUUCUAUUAUCCUUUUGGAUCAUAUCAAGGAACUGAUAAAAGUUUUGAUUUCAACAAGAGCUAAAAUCCCAUCCAUUUUUGAAAGUCCAGAUAAUGAGCAAUCACCAUUCAUCAAAUUCUUGCUAUUAAGUUUUCUACGUUUCAACUCCUCGGAUCUACUAAGCUCAUGGAUUGAGUUAUUAGUAACCACAUUCAAGUAUCAGGAUGAAUCUAUCUUUGAAUUCGUCGAACCAAUUAUUUUGCAAAUAUUGAAGAAGGUAAACUCAUUCUAUUUCAACGGUUCUGAAUCAAAGGAUGAUGUUUCAAUUUCGUUGCUACUGGGUGUGUUGCAAGAACUCUUAUCUCUGGUUAGAAGUUAUGUUGUGACGUUAGAAGUUAAUGGAACCAAAAACACCAAUCACGAUCCAGGUUUUUUUUCAAGUGUUGUUUCAGGAGUUUUAGGAGAUUCAUCCAAACAUUUGGAUGCUGAUUCAGUCAUUUCUAAAAAUCGUCGCACUAUGAAUAUUUGUUUUGCUGAAUCCACCAAGAUUUGCUUUGAGAUUUGGAAAGAAUCAGAUGCCUCUUUGAAAAAAAGAAAUGAUACACAAGGGGAUCUAUCAAUCAAGUAUCAAUCACUUAAAUUGAAACAUAAAUCUAAAAUGCUAUUGGAGAAGCUAUAUGAACUUGAGUCUGUGGAAGUUUUAAAGACGAUGAUCUUAGUUAAUAAUGUUGAUUAUCCAGUUGUCUUCAAAGUUUUGAAUGUUUUAGAUGGAACAAGACCACAGUUGACAAUUCCACACAUAUUCAAGCUGAUCAACACCAUAGUGAGAUCCACCAACAAACAACAAUCACCAAAUGUGCUCGAAACUAGUGUAUUCUUGGUUGAAUAUGCAAGAUCGCUACAAAAUGAUUCAAUAGAGGAUCUGUAUGAUGAUUCGAUGAAUUUUUUGAAAGAGGUUUCAAGUGACUUGAGUACUUAUAAGUUGAUUUUGAUUAACGUGGUGAAGUUUAUUAGUGUUAUUGCUCAAAAAUUAAGACGUUCAAAAUUUGGUGAACAAAAGAAAACCAAGAAAGAGAUUGGUGACAUGUUCCUAAAGAUUUUACCGGCCUCUUUGAAUUUCAAGAAUGUGGAUGUUUCUAGUGCUAUUGCAACAAGUAUUAAUGAUACAGAAUCCAAGAAAACUGAAGAUAUAGACAAUAAUGAUGCAUUGACAUCUUCCGUCCAGUUAGAUGCACCAAGCAAUCAAGAAGAAUUAUUUUCAUCUGUUUCAUCAAUUGUCCCAAGCUUGAGUGCGAUUGUUUCAGAAAAUGAUAAACUCAGUACCAUUGUCUCAACUAUCCUGAUCAAUUUGAUUACGCCAAAUUUGAAGUCAAAGAAUGCACCAAAAACAAUUUCUUCAUAUCAUUUGGAACUUUUGGAAGAGCUUUCAAAGGAUUAUUCAAGUGUAAAGAGCUUGAAAUUCUUGAUAUCAGAAGCUUUCAAUGAUUCUCAAUUCUUCAAUGCUAAUGUUGAAGACACCAGUUAUUGGAAUGCUAUAAUCAAGAACUGGAUUAAAAAUGACGCUGGUGAUAAAUUAUCUGAAUAUAUAAAUAGACUUACAUCAAGCAAUGCAUCCAAUAUAUUCAACUGGAAUGAAAAUGAACAAGUUGUGAGAGCUAUGACGUUGAAGAGAAUUGCAUAUUUAUUACUGGUGUGUGAUAAAGACCAACAUAUUGUGUUGCUAAAAGAAAUAUUUGAUAAGUUGGGCUGGUUGUUUAAUCAAAAUAUUUCAUCUUCUGCUGAAAUCUUCUUGGUAAUUAGAAGUGUGUUGUUGAGAUUUUCACCAAUUCAUUUAUAUGACCAUUGGACCUUUAUCUAUACUAUGCUUCAACAAUUUUUCCUAAUGAUCCUAACUGCUGAUAAAGCUGAAGUUUCUAGAUUGAAUACCAAUACCAUUUUCCAGGCCUCAAAGCUAUUAGAUUUGCUAUUAGUUUUGAAGUUUGAAGAUUUCCAGGAAUGGAUUUUCAUAAUUGAUACCAUAAAUGCAAUUUAUAGAAACGUUGAUAUUGUUAGUCUUAUUGACAAGAUUUCCUUGAGAGAUGAACUGUUUGAGUCUUCGAACUUGACCAAUGAAAAGUCUGAGCUAUUGACUAAACUAUCAGAAUCUAAGGGGUUGAGAAAACCAGCAUUAAUUGGUAUUAGGCAAAUUGGUUCCAUGAGUUCGUUGAAACCAUUUUUUGAUGGUUUGAGUUAUUACAACUACGAGAAUAUUUACAAUGGUGCAAAUAUGGAUUAUGAAUCUUGCGAGCAGGAUAUUUUGUUUGAUCUUUUUGAUGGAUUUUAA